AUGGGGUCCCCCCGUGCUGGUAUGGUAACCCGUGCAGCGUUUGAGUACGUGACGGAGCGCAUCAUGCCCACGGGGCUCAAGCUGCAUGGAGGGGCGCACAAGUGCGAGUGCAAGGGGGCGUGCAGGAGUGAGAGCAAGUGCGCGUGUGCCAAGAGGAACCGCGAUGGCUUUCCCUACGUGCAAGGGGGAAGGUUGGUCAAAGCGCGCGGCAUCGUGAUGGAGUGUGGCCCCUCAUGUGGCUGCGGCCCAGCUUGUAAUAACCGGGUUGGCCAGCAAGGCCUGCGCUUCCACCUUGAGGUGUACAAGACGGCACACAAGGGGUGGGCGGUGCGGUCGUGGGACUUGAUCCCGGCGGGGGCGGUGGUGUGCGAGUACGUGGGCGACGUGCUGCCGUACGAGCGAGUGGACCACGUGGAGGACGACAUGUAUGUCAUCGGCAUCGAUACCGUUCGCACCGCCAAGCUCGGCACGCAGGGCAGAGAUCCCAUGUUUGAGGACUUGGAGCAUGCACUGGAGGAGCAAGCCAAGGCCAAGCCAAGUGCUAAAAGCCACCGUGCAGCGGGAAAGGCGAGCAAGGAGGGCGGGGAGGGCAGUGAGCACGAGGAGGUGCACUACGCCAUCGACGGGCUGCGGCGUGGCAACGUGGCGCGCUUCAUCAACCACAGCUGCUCGCCCAACCUCUUCUACCAGUCCGCCCUCUGGGACCACAAGCGCCCCGAGCUCUCCCACCUCCUCCUCAUCGCCUCUGAGAACAUCCCCCCGCUAACAGUAAGUGAUGUCGGUUCCAUUUCUCUUUUCCUUCCUUCAACCUCCUUCCCCUUCCUGUCCACACUUCCAUCUGCUCCUCUCUCCACUCUCUCCCUGCCCAUGUCCAUCUGUUGCUCUCACCACUCCCUCCCUGCCCAAGUUCAUCUGUUUCUCUCCCCAUACCACUCGCUUACAGAGUAG